CAGAUCGCUCCUACAUGCGGCUCACGGAGAAGGAGGACGAGACGUUGCCCAUAGACAUAGUUCUUCAAACUCUGUUAGCCUUUGCAGUUACCUGCUAUGGGAUAGUACAUAUCGCAGGCGAAUUUAAAGACAUGGAUGCCACUUCAGAGCUAAAAAAUAAGACGUUUGACACAUUAAGGAACCAUCCAUCUUUUUAUGUAUUUAAUCAUCGUGGUAGAGUAUUGUUCCAGUCCCCAGACACAGUGAAUUCUUCUUCAAACCAAGAUGCUUUAUCAUCCAACUCGUCACUGAAAUUUCGGAAACUUGAACCUCUGCGCCGUUAAGACUUUUACAGAUUAUAAUAAUAAUCCAGGACACUGAGAUGUAAUAUUCGAGUUGGGGAUGUAAACACUUUUUUAAUUUCUGGAGCAGUAUUUAUAUUGAUCUUCCAGACUUUAUAAAGUAUAUAUAUAUAUAUAUAUAUAUAAACUAAGGACCUUCUUUGUACACUGUUAACAAAAAUGACUGAAUUGUGAAUUGGCAAUGCAAUGUAAAUUAUUCUACAAUUAUGCUGUGAAACAUCUUCAAAUUUUCAUAUAUUAAAAAAGUUGCAGCUGGCUUCAGUUAAAACCAAAAGCAAGCUAGUUUUUACUGCAUUUAAUAUUCUUUGACAAGAAGGAAUGUUUGAGUGCUAUUUAUUUUCUCAGUCUGCUUGCACUGCAGUUUAUGGAACUCUUGGAAAUACUGUGUGCACUGCAUCGUUUAACAGCAGAAAAAGGGCAGCAUCUCCUGUUCCUAGAAUGCCUAGGAGACCUGCAUGGUGUAGGCAUGGGAAAUCCAAAAGGUUGCUUUCAUUUUUAUUUCUUUUACAAUGCUGAAUAAUAGUCGUGUGAAGUUUGGGGUUUUUUUCCCCGUUUUUCUUUACCAUGUUAUUUCUUUAUUGCCCUCUUUUUUUUUAAAUGUCAGCUGUCCUGUGUUGCCCCGAGUUGCCCGGGAUGUGGCUGUACGUGUGGUGCCUGUGAGGGGGAAGGCAGCUCACUUCUAACCACAUAAAUAAUCUGUGAUGCUCAGCUCGUUUCCCCACUGUAUUUGUUUUCUUUAGUUGUGUGUAUGGGAAGGUUCCUCUGAUGGCUGGAUGGCGUUUUAGUACUGAAAAUGGCACCAGAUACUAAUUCCUGAGUCAUCCUCUAUGAGAAAUGUUUCACUAUCAAUAAGAAAUACCCAUUCUGUAAAUGUUCCAAGGGUAGAUCCAGCAACGCUAUGUGUCCACUGGUGUUAGCACAGUACAGGUAAUCAACUGCUUGUGGUGCAACCACCCCUUUUCUGCCAACAGAGCCUAUAAAGUUGAUUUCUUUUUCCAGCUGAGCCCUUAGUUGAUUUAAGAUGACUGUCUUGAUUAUAUGUACUAGCACAGAUGUUGUGGUCCUUAACUCCUACUUACUGCUAAGUUUGGCUCUCUCCUUAGGURGAGAGAGGGUGAAAUGAUGCUAACUUCUUAUUUUCUUGGUCUGGCAUUUCAGUCCAGCAGUGGAAUACCCUUCUUCUCCCUGACAUAGCCAAGAGAUGGUAGUUYGAGAUACCGAUGGGGCCAAGUAGAAGUUUGCAUAGCCCGAGGAUGUCACUCUGCCUCUGUGCAAAGUCAGCCUUUCGUCCUAGCAUCCAUUUUUUAAAUCCUUUAGACCUUUCAAAGGUGAAAAGCUUAGCAACAAUACUGCGUAAACUGAAGCCUCUGUUUCUAGCUCUGCCCAUCCUAUGGAGUGGGUCCCCCAGUGCUAGGGCAAUAUCCAUUAGCUGCUGCUCUGCCGUCACUCUUGGGCAUCGGGGUUUGGUCGGAAAGGGUUACGCUGCAGCUGAAGGCGUCGGAGCGGCUGGAUUGCUUCCUAGAGCGUUCCGGCUGCCCUGGAGCCGGUGUCACAAAUCAGCUCUCCUGAUAGCUGCCGUCACCAGAAGCCUCUAAAAUAGCAGGCGCCGGGUCAGGGCGCUGCUGCAGGCAGAGCUCUAUCCUUGGGGAAGAGGCUCCGCGAGCAGGGAAGGGCUGAGUGGCCCCGCAACCUCGCUCGCUGCGGAGCAAAAACAGCAGACAGAAUCAGCAGAGGGAGAGGGAAGCAGAGCAGAGGGUCAGUAACUGCUGCAGCAGGUUGAGGGGCUCCKAGAGCAGGGCUGCUCACCCUUCCCAUCCAAGAAAACCCCUCUGCGCUCCGUAAGGCCCUUGGACCUGCCCAAGGCCAAGGCUCUGCUCCGUGACAAGUCCUUCGUGGAGAAAAACUCUUUCUCAGACUUAGUCCUGCUAGGAGCACCUUGUUGGCUGUGCCAGGUCGCUUUCCUUGUGAUAAGCAGCCUUACUCUUCAGCAGCAAUGGUUAUAUCACAUAACAAAGCUGUACAAAUUAUUUUUUCUUA